AAGAAACAAAAAGUAUCUGUCGAGAAUAUAUAAUCAAACCGUAACUGUGCGCUCGGUUGUGCAUCCAAAAACUUGUAUUUGCGAUCGACGGAGAGAGGGAGACAGAGAAACAGAGAAACGUAAAAAAACCGUCCAUUUCGAAAAAUAACCCGGAAGGACGCGAUCUUAUUUCCCUCGAACGUACUUUUUUUUCCUUCAGUCUUUAAAUCGCGAUUGAAAAAAUGUAACAUCUAGUGAUUGCAGAGUGUGAAGUUUUUCGUUCGCUUUCACGCGUUUUUUCUCUUCGUUUUAAUUAACGAGCUGCCGCUCCGAAGCUGUCUCUCUCGCUCUUUACAGAUUCUUAUUCACCCCUCCUCUCUCAUACUUUUCGCCCGGUUUGUCUCUCUUUUCCGCCGUGUCCGCGCUAGUUAACCGUGUGUGUUCGUGUCAAAGAGUUUUGCGAAUGAGCUUUUUUUUGUAUCUUCUCUUCGAGAAGAGUAACGAGAGCGCGAGAGAGUGAAGAAUGGAGAGAUGAGCUCGUUCAUUGAGAUUUAGAAUCAUUUUGUUUUCUUUUUCAAAUUUAUAAAUAUUCGUUUAUAUAUGAGUGUAUAUGUGAAUACAUUGAUACAAAUAUAUAUAAAUGUGUAUUUAUGUACGUACAAAGUGUGGAAUAGCCGAAAGCAACUGCCGCUUCUCUCGAUGUGACUCGUCAUUCGACCAGUGCUGCUGUCAGUUUUGGACGACGAUACGAGUGAAUUAGAAUAAAAAGAAUAAGCUCACAAAUUUAAACAUCUGUGAAAUUACAGUUUUAUCUAAUCAAUCAAGAACUCGUAGAAAAUAUAAACCUUGCAACAAUAAAGAAGGCUAGCAAAUUCCAAAAGUGUGUUUUUAUCGUGAUAAAGGGAGACGACAAACUGUGAGUUUCUCGUGUAUGUGUGUGUGUGCGUGUUGAUGUGUGUGCCACAGUUCUGGGAGAAAAAGAACGGUGGAGCGACCGUUUAAUUUUGCCGAACUUGAGAAACCGCACGAGUUUACCACAAGCUCCGUUCGGGAGCAUCAGAGGCGGCGACGAUCGCGCUAAGAGGUGCGAACGGUGGCGCGCGGGGCGGCAAAUUCAGGGCAGGCCUGAAACGCCAGGGGAAGAAGAAUCGUAACGGGACCGAGUUAGUUUUAGAGACGACUAUUCGGGGACCGGAGAAGCGGCUGCUCGUCUCUGAAAACAGUGGACGCGCAGUACCAGUUGUGGAUCGCAAUCGCCGGUGCAUCGAGUCACGAGGAAAAACGAGGACGGUAAUAAGAGUAAGGACGGAGCGAAGGAAGAACGAAGAGAGGAGACGCGACGACGACGGAUACGACGAGGGACCAGCGGUAGCGUAACGACGCUUUUGCGACACCGCGAGCCGUACCAGUGCCAUUCCAAAGUCUCGAACAAAGGCUCCUCGUUUAGGAGAAGCCUUUACCCACCGACUUGUAAAACACAGAGGCUAAGGGAGUCGAGAGGGAAUACAGAGUUGAGGAGAAAACACUCGAUAGGGCACCAUGAACGAACUCGAGAGCCUUCGCCAGGAGGCGGAAACUCUCAAGAAUGUCAUUCGGGAUGCGAGAAAAGCUGCUUGCGACACGAGCCUCGUCCAGGCCACAUCUGGCAUGGAGCCCAUCGGCCGGAUACAGAUGCGAACGAGACGCACCUUACGUGGCCACUUGGCCAAGAUUUACGCGAUGCACUGGGGCAGUGAUUCCAGUAGGAACCUUGUUUCGGCGUCGCAGGACGGUAAACUCAUAGUGUGGGAUAGCUAUACCACGAACAAGGUACAUGCUAUUCCAUUGCGCUCUUCGUGGGUCAUGACCUGUGCAUACGCCCCAUCCGGUAGUUACGUAGCCUGCGGUGGACUGGACAAUAUAUGCUCGAUCUAUAGUCUCAAGACGAGAGAGGGUAACGUACGAGUUAGCCGAGAACUUCCUGGACACACGGGAUACUUGUCCUGCUGUCGGUUCCUUGACGACAACCAGAUCGUCACGAGUUCCGGGGACAUGUCAUGUGCCCUUUGGGACAUCGAGACUGGACAACAAUGCACAUCGUUCAUCGGUCACACGGGUGACGUAAUGUCUCUAUCGCUCGCACCGGAUAUGCGCACAUUCGUUUCCGGUGCGUGCGACGCGAGUGCCAAACUUUGGGACAUCCGCGAGGGCUCGUGCAAGCAAACUUUCCCGGGUCACGAGAGUGACAUCAACGCCGUUACGUUUUUCCCGAACGGUUACGCGUUCGCGACGGGCUCGGACGACGCGACUUGCAGACUCUUCGACAUAAGGGCAGAUCAGGAACUCGCGAUGUACAGCCACGACAACAUCAUUUGCGGAAUAACGAGCGUGGCGUUCAGCAAGAGUGGCAGACUCUUGCUCGCCGGCUACGACGAUUUCAACUGCAACGUUUGGGACUCUAUGAAGAGUGAACGCGCCGGAAUCCUCGCGGGUCACGACAACCGAGUCUCGUGUUUGGGUGUAACGGAGGACGGUAUGGCGGUAGCGACAGGCUCAUGGGACUCGUUCUUGCGCAUCUGGAACUAACUUGGACCGGCGUUAGGUCCACGUAAUCCCAAAGCUCUCCUCCAAAGAACGAACCACCGCGGAUUAACAAAGAACAAGACGAGUGUAAAGAAUAAUAAUCAGAGUAAGAAGAUUAAGAAGAAGAUGAGGAUGCUGAAGAGUAAGAAUAAACAUAAGAGGACGAUUAUGUCAGCGGGUGAGACGAGGAUUAAGUACGUGAAUAUGAGCACGAUAGACAGAACGAGACUGGAAGGGGGAGGAAGGAGGAUCGAUGAUUACGAGGCAAUGUUGGAUGAGAGCGACGAUUAUGGUUACGAGGUUUAUGACACAGUGAGAAAAAACAAGUAUCGUCAGGUCGUCGACGAUGACGCUUCGACCUUGACGAUUAUGAAGAACGAAGUGUACACGAGAAUGAGACGACGGAGAAUCGAUAAAAAUAAAAAUGCCGAGGGUAACGGAGACAAAAAUGACGAAGACGACGAUGACGAUAACGACGACGACGACGACGACGACGACGACGACGACGACGACGACGACGACGGGGAAGAAAACUACGAAGACGAGGACGACGAUCGACUGAUAAAUAAUCACCGAGACGAUCAUUCCGCGUGCGUCACGCCGGAUUUUCAAUUGAUCGAUAGAUCCGAAUAUUCCACCAGUCUCGAUAUUAAAAGUUGCUGCAGCGCGAGUUGCCUCAGCGACAAUUAUGAAUAUAGCGAUAAUAACGAGGAUGAAAAAACGGUCGAACGACGCGACGACGUUGACUACAGCGAAGAUAAAGAAGGAGCAGAAAAAUACGAUAAUCCGGGUAAAAGUACGAAGAGAAACGAAAAGAGCCUCGAUCCAAGAACGAUGAAGUACGAUAAUAGGAAAAAUAAUCUCGUUACCGAAUCCACGAACAGUGCCACGUUCGAUAUCGACGAACUUGAUAUAAAAAACGAGAGUUUCGAAUAUAGCGAAAAUAUUGUGUUGCAUUCCGAUUUAAAGGUCGAUAAGUAUGACAACAAUGAUGGAGGAGAAAAUAAUGAAGGAAGCGAUCCUUCCUCCGGUGGUCGUUACGCUGCUGCCCUCGCCCGUCACACUAAAAUACUCGUCGAUGUUACCUGGCGACGGGGAAAAGUCGGCGACAGGGUCAAACGCGAUUAUCAACGUUUCUGACUACGAAACACUCAGAGAACAAAUUUAUUAAACGAAAGAAGAAGAAGAAGAAGAAGAAGAGGAAUAAACAAAUUAUACAAAUACACAUAACACGUACACUUACAUUUGGAAAUGCUGGAUAAUUGAUAACGAGAAGGGUUUCCACCUUUCGAUCUCAGAAAAAUGGAGUUUUACCUUUUAUUUCAAACCGCACUUUAUCGAUCGAAUAAUAUACGAUGUAAAAAACAUAUUCAAUUGAUUAUUUAACAAUAAUAAAGACACCAUUUCUAUUGCUAUUUUCGAAUUAAUAAUAAAGCAUCUACGAGCUCCCGUUGUCUAGCCGUUGAACGAAAGUCGUGGAGCCCUUUCUCAAUGACGAAAGAUGCAAGAUAAUUUUUAUUAAAUAUUUAAAAAAAAAAAAAAAAAAAAACAUUUUUAAAAA